GGCUCAUUUCACUCCGCUUUGCGGAUCAUAGACAAGUUGGAUGUGUGAGAAAUAGUUAGGUCUACACACACAUCGAAUCUAGUUUCUGCCAUGUUGCUUUCACCUAUUCAGCCUAAUCAUUUCGGUGAAAGGGAGUGAGCGAGGAGACAAGGGAGGAAGCCUCGUUUUGGAAUGAAAUAUAGCCAGUGUGCGGCGAAAAGCUCCCAAACUUCUGCGCACGUAAACGUCGCAAACAUUUAUUCAAUGUACAAUAGAAUGCUGGCGAAAGACGGAAGUUCCGUUAUUUUGAAGUCUUUCUUGACGACGAGGUGCUGAUGGCAUAGUGGUGUGAGUAAUGGCAUGGCCCAGAGUCCCAUGCCUCCUGCUGCUCCUGCUGCUCCUACUACACACCUGCUUACCUCAACCAGGCCCUCCAUCUCCUCCCUCCGCUCCCCAGUGUCACAUCCCCUAUACGGAGGGACAACAAGCAGAUAUCCACUGUUUCUGGGAUCCAGGACAGAACCCACAGAUCCCCACCUCCUACAGCCUGCACUGGAAUUCUACAGAGGGCAUUAGCAGCGUGGUGGAAGGCACCAAUGUGAGUGGUGUGAUCCCUCGUGAACUUUACACCAGUUACAGUGACCUGACUGUGUUGGUCAAAGCUGCGAACCAGCAUGGCUCUGCCACGUCUACAGUGGCUGCCUUCAACACUGGAGAUAUCAAAAAGCCACCCACCCCUGAAAUCACUCACCAUUGCCCUCAGCCUCUGGAGAUCUACUGGAUUGUGCAGUGUGAGGAUCAAGGCAGCUCUGACCAACUGUGUGAGGUCCAGUAUCGCCCCCAGGACCAGCAGGGCUGGACUCAGGAAGGGGACAUCCUACGCAGCUUCCUACUCCUGACUCCACGGCCCUACACUGUCUAUGAGUUCCAGGUGCGCUGUGCCUGUGAGGGCCCACAGGCCCUGAUGAGUGACUGGAGCUCAGUCUACAAAGCAUGGAGUUCUGAGUCAGCACCUGUGAAAGCAUUGGAUGUGUGGAGUGACUGUGGAGUCACCUCUGAGCUUUCUCAAUGUGCCCUUAUGUGGAAGGAGAUGCCCACCUGGUUGGCUCAGGGGAAGGUGCUGGGGUACGUGGUAACAUUAUCAUACAGUAACGGGACAGUGGCGGUUGUGAACGUGUCCAUGUCAAAGCCUGGUGGCCUUUGUGUCUGUCAAGAGAAGAGAUGCCGCUUCACACCCUCUCUGUGGGGUGUAUCAGGGGUGGAUGUGUCCGUCUACAAUUCCCAGGGUGCCAGCAAACCUGCUCCCCUAGCUCUACCCACAUCAGGUCUACAGGUGCCAGAGCUAUCCUUCACUGUGAACCAGGAUAUAUUGAGCCUCAAUGUAUCCUGGUCCCUGCCACCCCAGCCCAUUGAAAACAUGCAUGAGUAUGUGGUGCAGUACAAGCAGGUGGGACUUCCUCCGACACAGGGCUUUGAUUGGAUUAUAGUGCACCAAAAUCAUACGUCAGUCAUUUUAAGAGGUGAUUUUGAGAACCACACUGCCUACAAUGUGUCAUUGUUUGCAGUGUUCAUCAACAGGAGCUGCCUGCUUGCGUCUGCAAUCUCGUAUUCUCUUCAUGGACUCCCACCCAAAGUGACUGAGUUCAAGGUUCAGCACAUCUCUGACUCUCAUGUGACUUUGUCCUGGCAACACAUCUCCCUGACCCAGAGUAAGGGGCUCAUACUGUGCUAUCAGCUGGUAUUAAACAACAUGACAGUGUACAACGUGAGUAGGGACCAGAACAGCCUCCAUCUGUUAGGACUUACAUCUGGUCACCACCAGGUUUGGAUCAGGGCUGAGACUAAGGCUGGACUGGGACCCAGUGAAACCAUCAACUUCUCUACUGAGAACAGCCAUGGUUUCCUCAAAUAUCUGGUGCCAGGAAUAAUAGCAGGGAUGUUGCUAUUGAUUAUCAUAAUUGUACAAAUGAAGACUUGUGCGAAAGUACCUGACCCCAGCAACAGCAAACUGCUCCAACAGAUGAAGUUGCAGUUUAACAGCUCCUUGACGGCGAUCUUCUCUCCUCUGGAGUCUAACCCAAGGAUCUCUGAGCUGGAGGUGGUGGAAAACCCUUUCUGGGAUGCCAAUGCCUGUCCUAGGCAAAGGUCCAGCCCUGAUGAACAGACAGAGGGGGUGGUGGGAGAGGAGCACACCCACAUACGGACUGAUGAAGAGGCGGAAAAGGAGGAGGAUGCUGACGAGGGUUACAGUAGAAUUAUUGAUACUGACGAGGAGGAGAGGGAUGGGGGAGAGUCCGGGAGCUUGUUGGAGGACGAUCAGAUUGUUUCGGACUAUGAGAAGCAUUUCAUGCCUGUGGUUGUAUGACCCUACUGUCUGUCUGGUGUGGUGCUACGAUCAACUCUUUUGGUGUGUGUAUGUUCUCCUCAUUGCAACGACAAGACAGCCAUUGUUCAGUUGGAACCCCAAGGGCCAAACAGGUCAAUUGUGGGCUAUUGUGCUUGUUGAUCUAGAUGCAGAUCACUGAUUCAUGGGAAAGGGUUGCCCUAAAAACAACACGAGUGUUGAAAUACGCCACUCGUCUUGUUUUCAAGAAAAGGAAAAGGGAUGUAGUCGACCGUUGUAGUCGACCGAUGUAGUCGACCAGUGUUGUUUAGGAACAGUAAACCUUUUUUUACAGCAAAUGUAUACCUGUGUGAAAAACCACGUUGCCUACGGUGUACACUGUCAUGACGUGGCCCUCUUUAGAUAUAGCAAGCACCAACUCUCUCACCACCUCUCUCUUCCCCCUACACCCAGGCUCUGUUAUCUCAGGUUUAUCUCAGACCCCCCCCCCCAUGCAGUAUAGAGAGAGGGUUCACAGUAGAACAAAGGAACUUCUUCUACCUCACAGAACUUGCGAACUGAACAAUAUCCAUGUUUUGGAGAAUGUGUAAAUGGUCGGUGGAGAAUCCAGCUACGACCGGUCCAUUUUGUCUAAUGUUUGUGACCUCAUGAGAGACAAUACAGCCACAUUACCAUAACUCUGUUUAAACAAGAGUCUGUGUUAUGAGAUUUGCAUCUAAUUAUUGUAUAAAAUUAAUGAGUAAAGAUUAAACUAUUUGUGAAAUUA